AUGUCCCUCCCGCCCCGCAGCUUCCCCAACGUCUCUUCCCCACACCCCGCACCAGCCUUCGGAUGCAUUUACACUCCUCGCUCAUUGUCCUCAACGUCCUCCAAUUCUCUUCCAGCAGCCCUUAUCCCAGCUUUCAUGAUGCGCCGUCCUCCAGCGGGCGUAGACCACGCCUGGGCCUCCCCUUCCCGCGGUCCGAUUCUCUGUUGUCCUUCGCCUGCCGUCCUCAGCAUCUUUACGUUUGCAUUCUCCUUGUGGUUACACAUUAUCCUCGACGCGCGCAAAGAAUCUAAACGACAUAGCCUCGCCACCAUACUACGGAUAGCCUCAGGGAUGCCAACUGCCUACGGCCUUCGCUCCGACCUCCCUCCCCUUCCCAAAUUCUUCGCUUCCCCAUCACGCCAAAGUUUGACAGGAUCAGCCCACGCUCCCAUGCUUUCAACCCAAUGGGCCUACCUUUGUCCAUAUCCAUCCGAGCGCCCGAGCGUCCGAACCCGCCCAUCCGUCCACGCAGAUUUGCGCCGCUUCCGCAUCUGGAAUCUAUUUCUUCUUCUCGUCGCGUCUCGAAGCUCGGAGCCAUUCAUCUCGGCUUUGCAUUUCAACACAGACUUCUAA